AUGGGAGUUCCAGAUAAAGAUCCUCUCUCCCAGUUGAGUUUACCUCCUGGUUUCAGAUUCUUCCCUACUGAUGAAGAGCUUCUUGUUCAGUAUCUAUGUCGCAAAGUUGCAGGACACCAUUUUUCUUUGCCAAUUAUUGCUGAAAUUGAUUUAUACAAAUUCGAUCCAUGGGUUCUUCCAGGUAAAGCGAAUUUCGGUGAGAAAGAGUGGUAUUUCUUCAGUCCAAGGGACAGGAAAUAUCCAAAUGGUUCACGACCAAACAGAGUUGCUGGGUCGGGGUACUGGAAAGCCACUGGAACUGACAAAAUCAUCACCACUGAAGGUAGAAAAGUUGGCAUAAAGAAAGCACUUGUUUUCUAUAUUGGUAAAGCACCAAAAGGCACCAAAACUAAUUGGAUUAUGCAUGAGUAUCGCCUUCUUGACGCUUCACGAAAACACAACCUUGGUAGCUCCAAAUUGGAUGAUUGGGUUUUGUGUCGCAUAUACAAGAAGAACUCAAGCUCGCAAAAGGAAGUUCAGUCGUUUUCGAGCAAAGAAUACAGCAAUGGUUCAUCGCCUUCAUCAUCUUCCCAUGUGGACGAUAUGUCGGACUCUUUUCCGGUAAUUGACGACCAGAGCUUUGCGCUUCCGCGGGUGACAUCGCUCAAAAUGCUACAGCAAGAAGAGAAGUUCGGGUUUCAUAACAUGGGCGCUGGAAUUUUCUCUGAUUGGGUUAACCCGACGGAGUUUGACUCGAUACCCGAAUUUGAUUCCGGAAGCCAAACACAGGGGAUGUUGAAUUACAGCUGUAAUGACUUUUGUGUGCCUUCAGCGCCGCCAUUUGGGCAGAUGGACUUCUCGGCGGGAUUUAGGAACCCGGAAGAAGAGGUUCAGAGUGGCAUGAGGACUCACAGGGUUACCGAUAAUGAUAAUUCCAAUUUGUACCAGCAUAAUCCAAAUGUGUUUUUGUCUGGCUUGGGCGACCCGUUUGGGUUUGGGUUUUCGGGUCAUUAA